AUUUGAAUCACCUACACAUGGAGCACAAAGAUGAUGAUGAUGAUGAUGAUGAUGAUGUGUCUUUCGCCAAAUGGAUGAGCAGCUUCUGGGGUCACAGCUGGACAGAAGAGAAUGAGAGAGGACUCCGGGACCGCCACGGAUCACAAGAUGCCACUUACAGGAAAACCUCCCUGCCCUGCCCAUUUCCUGUGCUUCCCAGAAUCACAUCGUCUGUCAGCCAUCCCAGAAGGCAUUCUCAUGAGGACCAAGGAGUUCGAUGCCAUACCCACAUGCUGGAUUACAGAAAAUGCUCAGUGGAUGAGUCAUUCAAGGAGCCACUGGAAUCAAAAGGAAGCUCCCGUUCCAAAAUUCAAGCAUUUUCAGAGUCCUUUGAACAGCAACUGUGCUUUAGAACCAAACGCUCUGUCUCUUUGGGACCUGAGAGCAGAAAGGAGAGAAGCAAAAGGGAAUGCCUGAGGAUGGAGAUGAAAUCUCAAAAGAAAGUGGAGGAAAGAAGGAACCCUAGGAAGGAAGAACAUGGAGAAGCAUACAUGCCCCCCUUGCUUGAAAAAGAUCCCAAAUAGUA